UGAGUCAGUCGACGGCCGGCAUUCAUCAGGAGCGGUUUUUUUUCCUCGGGUGGGUGGGAUUUUUUAGAGAGGCGUUGCCCGCACACACUGUUCACUCAACGAUUAUAUACCCGCUGCUUGUCGCGCAUUUUUCAUAGAUUGCGCAUUUAAGGUCGCCGCGUACAGCAACAGCAACCCGUCAAGAUAUUCCUACAAAAUAAAAGAUUCCGCCAUGGCCAACUACAUUCACGUACCGGACGAGGCUCCCGCUGUGCCCAAAAUAGAUGUGACAGUUGACGAGAGCGACUACAGAUCCGGUGCACUGAAGCUCAUCAAGGAGCUGAGACCGAGCUGGAAGCCGUCGGAGGUCAAAGUGAAGUUUUUCACAGAUGGGAUUACCAAUAAGCUGCUGGGCUGCUAUGUGGGUGCAGUGAUGCAGGAUGUGGUUUUGGUCCGUAUUUAUGGCAACAAAACUGAACUGUUGGUUGACCGGGAAAAUGAAGUGAAAAGUUUCAGGGUACUACACGCACAUCGCUGCGCUCCACGCCUAUAUUGUACCUUCAACAAUGGCCUGUGUUAUGAAUUUCUUCAAGGCACUGCCCUGGAGCCUGAGCACAUUCGCAGCCAGCCUGUUUUCAGGCUCAUUGCCAUGCAGCUGGCCAAAUACCAUGCCAUCCAUGCCCACAAUGGCUGGGUGCCACAGUCUGAUCUGUGGCUGAAGAUGGGCAAGUACUUUGCUCUCAUCCCAAAGUACUUAAAAGACCCCGAGCAGAACACCAGGUUUAGUAUGGAGGUGCCCAGCCCACAGUGCCUCCGAGAAGAGCUCGUGUGGCUCCAGCAGAGCUUGUCGGUGCUGGGCUCCCCCGUAGUUCUGUGCCACAACGACCUGCUCUGCAAAAACAUCAUCUAUAACCAGGGGGCAGGCAAUGUAAAGUUCAUUGACUACGAGUAUGCUGGGUACAAUUACCAAGCCUACGACAUUGGGAAUCAUUUCAAUGAGUUUGCGGGCUUGAAUGAGGUGGAUUAUAGUCACUACCCAGAUCGGGCCUUUCAGCUGCAGUGGCUCAGCUCCUACCUGGAGGCCUAUAAGGAGCACAAAGGCCAGGGCAGUGAAGUGACUGACGGAGAGGUGGAGGUUCUUUAUGUCCAAGUCAACCGAUUUUCCUUGGCAUCUCACUUCUUCUGGGGUCUCUGGGCUCUGAUUCAGGCCAAGUUCUCCACCAUCGACUUUGACUUCUUGGGAUAUGCAGUCCUGCGCUUCAACCAGUACUUCAAGAUGAAACCGGAGGUGGCUGCACUGAACUUACCGGAAUAAAAGCGUCCACCCCCUCAUCAUCAUCAUCUCUUCCUCCUGCUCUCCCUCCUUUCCAACCUGCUCUGUGCCUCACACGUCGACUGCAGAGCGCCCUCGUGUGGUGCAUGUAGGGAAGAUCCAGACUGAGAGUCUGUCCUGUUCAGUGCCUACAGGAUCUCAUCUACAUGUCCUUAUCUUUUAUAGAUUGAGUAGACCACAUAUUUUAUCCAUCAUCUGCUGUCACAACUUUAACCAAGAGGCAGCCCAAGUCAUUUGUACUGUGGGUGUGUGUGAAGUACUGACCUGCUCUAAUGUGAAGCCCACAUAACUGAAUUUAUUGUGGUCAUUUCAAUUAUUCUGAUAUCAGUUAGGACACAAUCAUUAUGAGUGUGUAUUGUAUUUGAAAGCAGCUUGUCUUAUAGUUUAAAUCACUAUAAAUACAAAGUAGGAGGAACGUUACCUCCUUCACAACCAAUACAUAGUAACCACCUCCAUGACAGAGAGGUGGCCCAAACACUAAUCUGAUUGCCUGGAAACACCUUCCUCAUAUGCACAUUCAUGGGGAAAAACCCUUUAGCGCCAGCCCAGCUACCGACCAAAUUCCCAACAACACAAAAGCAAUACAGAGCCUGCUUUGUUUGCUGAAGAGCCAAGAUGAAAAAACAAAGCAAAAAAAAAAAAUCAUGAAAUGCCAACAUGAGAAGGCAUUAUGUGUCCCAUGUGAUAUGACAACAUGUGGUCUGCCAUGUGACUCCUGUUCUCGCCCUUAUUUCCCUCCCCACACACGUGCAUGGGUGGUGUCAGCAUAGCCAUUUAGUCAUUGUUGCUGUGUAGUUUGGUGAGGGCUUGCGUGUUUUGGCUUUUUGGUAUGAAGGUAGAAACAUCGAGUUGCAGAGAGCAUCUUGCGUUUACAUCUAACUUCUCCCUUGAGCUAAAUCGUUGAGCACUGAGCAGUCUUUUGACUUGAAGGAGAUUUUCACUGUAAUGUACAUUUCAUGUUUGUUUUGUUUAAAUCUUAACUGGGGACAAACUUGCAUCUCACUGUAUUUGGAACAUUCCAUGUUCAUAGUGGUAGACAGAAAACUUGGUUGUAGUUAACAUGGUAAAUCAGCAGCGUAGGGGACUGUGAGACACGCUGUACACAACGAGACCAAACCAUUAUAUUGUCUGCUCCAUGUCAGGGAAAGUUUGGGAAUAAUCUUUAAUGUUACAAAACACUGCUGUUCAGUCCUAAUGAACUAAAGACUGACCAUUGUAUACACUUGUAGGCCAGUGUGGUAUGGUCUUGCUUGGUGUCAGAUUUCUGAGCCUCUGUUGGCAUUCAUCAUUUUAAAUGCCCAAUUGUUGAAUUGAAGGUCUGCAGAAGAGUGGAAUUUUGGCAAAAACGAAAGUGGAGUUGGCUAAGUUAGACAAAUCUGUAUUAAGUUGGAAAACAUGUAAAGAAAGUCAGCUGUUAGUGGGACCUAAAGGACCUGAGGGACACCAUCUUCUGGACGAAAAGAAAAACAAUGGCUGCUGUCAGUAACUUGUUCUUGAUACUCACCAUUGACCUUCAUGUAAAAUGUUUUUAAAAUGAGCUCCAGGGGGCCCUUUUUUAAAGACUGCAACAAGUUCAUCUCUUGGUUACUUUAACAAGCCUACACCAAAGUGCUGACAUUUAUUUUUUGCUUGUACAUAAUGCACACUAUAAUUUUCCAUGUAGCACAAAGAGAACUCGAAUGACAAUUAUGUACUUUUUAUACUUAUUUAAAUGGAAAUGGUUACGGUGAGGUCUUUGAGAGUGUGUGGAUGUUUUCGGAUGCAGCAACAGAUGACUCUUGGGCAAAUGUAGCGUAUUAAAGACAAAAAAAAAAAAAGAAAGAAGUACAUUUCCACAAGCAUUUGAUUUGUUAGGCUCCACAGCAAUGUAAACAUAAAUGUCACAUGUAACAGUUUGCAAAUGACAUGUUUGUCCAGGUGGUCUCUGUUGUAGCCAGUUUGCAAAGCUCCGUGAAGAGACCAUUAUUGACGAGACUGAAUUGUGCCCUCAUGAGAACACUCCUGCACAGCAGUAGCUAAAGGGGGCACAUUGAAGUGUUUGUAUGUCUGUGAAAUCUUAUUUUCUACUCAUACUUUUAAAGUUUGAAGGUUCAAGUCUGUUUUUUUCACAUUUGUCUUUAAUUCAGUGUUUUUCAUGGUGUUAAAAUGAGAUGAAAGAAUUAAGAUAUAGUUUGAGUUGGGCUUAAUAUUAAUUUUUAUGUAUUUCGGCUUUUAACCUAUGUGAAAAUCUUCCAUGAAAGUAUAUUUGAUGGUAAACGGUUUAGAUUAAGCUAAGUUUGUUUUCUGUAGGGUGUCUGGAUAGUACACUGUCAGAACACGUUUACAUAUAACACAUAAAUGAAUGCAAUUUGUCAAAUUCUGAUGCCACGUAGAGUUUUCAAAAUAGUAAAAACUAUAGUUCUGAAAUAUUUACUAGGCUUUAAUUUCCCAUCUUCUGCAACAAAUUAAUGGAUUUUCACAGUAUAUCAUACAUGGGUCAUGAUGGUACUGCGAAUAAUAUAUGAACCUCUACACAAGUAUGUGUUUCGAAUUUAACAUUGUAAAAAGACUGUCCUUAAAUCUUUCUGGCCACUUUACCAUAUGUUUAUAUGUACAGUAAACAAAUGUGAUAUCUUUGCGUGUUCUCAAACGUGAAUGAAUGUACAUAGAGGGAGUUCCUUUAUUUUUUUGUUUUCUAAAAGUUUCAUUAAAGUGAAUAGUUGCCUGGGGUAAGAGGUGAAAUAAUAAUACAAAUUUCAAUACUGUAAGCAAAAAAAAUAAAGUCUAUUUACCCUUA